AUGACUUAUAAUUUGCCUUUAAAUGAAACCUUUAAAUAUUUAAAUGAAGAUUUGCUUGCUUGCUUGCUAGUAAUGAGACUUUGGUGCGAAAUUGCUGUUCGAAUUUUGUGGAGAAUAAUUAAAAAAUUCGAAACUUUACUUGCAUAUCUUCCAAAUGAAUCCGAAGCUACGUUAAUUCAGAAUGUUAGCAGUUUUAAAUAUAUAUUAUUUGAAGACAAUGAAAACAACAUUCAAUUGGAAACAAAAAGAAUGGAAGGAACAGUUACUUUUAUUACCAAUUCUGGCGAAUUUAUAGAUGAUCAGAAAUCUUAUUCCACCCCUUCGAUGUGA